AUGCCUUUGAUCCCAAUAAGCCUUGUGCUUCACCAGCAAAGGCAACUUGUUCAACGUUGCUCCUCGAGGUUAUUUUUAUCCAUCAUGCGAUGUUGAGAAUCGAGAUCGUUUCUGACAGGUACGAACUAACAACACCUGUAAAGAUCGCAACUCACGCGUUCUAUACUAGAAGAGCCACGGGAAUCGUAGUACGCGGAGAUAAGUACGGUAUCAGAACUUUCCACGACAUUGAGUGCGAAGCCCUCCGAGAACGGUAUGCACCUGCACACCCCAUAUGCAUCCUCGAACUGUAUCUCCAACGCCUUGGUAGCAACCCACAAGCCAUGGUGGCACAAGUUUCUGGAGACAAUGCCCGACGAUCCGUCUUCGUUAGCAAGGUAUCGGAUGUCCUUGAGCAUCUGUUCCACAAAGAUUCCGUUGACGGUGCCUACUUCCAGAGCGGCGAAUCAGAGGGAAACAAGGGGGUCGUGAACGCGCUCGGUUGCAGUGAGAAAUUGGAGUGUACGAUACAGGCGAAACGUUCUGGAAGCGAAGCAGACGAGUGGACAGAGGAUACGUACAACGACAACCCUGGAGUUGACGAUGCAGUAGACAAAAACUGGGCCAGACUACUCGCCUUCAAACAGGACAAGGCCAACCAGUCGACAAAAUCGGCGACUUCAGCUGCACUCGCGCGUCCGGAAGGACCUGUCGAUGGAUGACUGAAGUCAUACACUGCGUAUACAUGGGCCUUCCCGGCACCAGCUCCACUUUGCAGUCGUUAGUACGUGGGUGAAACGGCUCAAACGUGCACUGAAACUAGCAUGUACACC